ACUGCGGGGGAGAGGGGCACACCCAGGCAGAGUGCGCGAAUAGGCCAUUCUGCCCGGAGUGUGCCUCGAAAGGAAAAACACCACUGCACAAUUACCGCCCAGGCGGUGAGAAGUGCAUAAGGGUUCCCCCGGCGGUGCGACCGGGGAAGAAGGCUCCCCCUCCUCCACGGCGGGAGGAGGGCGGAGACUCGGAAGAAGAUCAGCCGCUGACCCCUCCGCCUCCCACCCGCCCGGCGCUCAGGCCGUGGAUGGUGGUGUGUCGGAGGGGCCAGUGGCCGACGUGGACAUGGAGGAGACCCCUCCCGUGACGGAGACCUCUGUCGACGAGACUUUUGUGACGGGAGUGAUAGAGAUAUCGUUGAAGUCGUCCGGAGCAUCUGGGCUCCGGACGAGUCCGCCGACCAAGAAGAGGUGCGAGGCACUCGACAGUCCGAGUGCCGCGCACUUCCCCCAGGCGAAGGUGGUGCUCGAGCUCUUCCCUCUCCCGCAACGAGAGAAGCGAGUGGGACGAGACUCGAGCACCCCUCUCAAGAAGGCGUUGAGACCCCAGGCGGAAAAGGCGUUAACGCCUUCUCCCCCGGGGUCGCCUAUCCUCGGAGGAGAUAGAGCCGCGGAGUGACUCCCCUAGGGGGGGGGGGCAUUCCGCGAUCCUGGGCCUCGUUUCCGGCUGCCCCUGUGCUCGGGGAUGCCCAGACGAUGACACUGGCUGUUGGGCCGCCCGAUGAGUAGGGGUCUCCGCUCAUCCGGUGAGCCGGCCACACGAGGAUAGGAGAUAGGCCCGGUCGGUUCCUCGGAACCACUGGACCUUGGGUAGGGGGUUGGCGUGGAACGGGUAAGUUCAACGCUCGCCUCCUGCCCUAAAGGAGCGCGGGGGGGCGUGCGGUGGUUUUCACGGCGAGGGUGGACAAGGCGGCAGCUGACGUAUCUCGGCUGCCGCCCUGGCACGUCCUUUCCCAACCUGACGAACUGGCGCGUCAGGAGGCUCACGCUCCGACCCCGGGGAAGGCUACUGAUGGAAUGGCGUAUUGCUGGCCGGGGCCUUCCCUUAAUCUGGGCGAGGUGGCUCGGUGAGGUUUUUAGUUGGUAGGCGGGUUAGGGCGAGCCUGGUCGCUGAAAUUACGUGCCCGGGUUAGCACCGCCCUGAUUCGAGUCCAACACUACCAUGGUUUAGCCAACCUGGUGUGUCAUGAGCGUUUCCCUCAUCGUAUCAAAAAAAAAAAAAAAAUACAAAUAACGGAAAAUGAGUAUGACGCAUAACAUGAGUAAAUAGAAUUAACGCAAGAGAUAAAAAAACCUAAGAAUAAGAAUGAAUAGGUACGUCGCGCAAAAGAAAAAGAAAGAUACGGAUAAUGCUAAAUAUAGUACAGAUGAUGCUAAGUAAUAAUAAUAAGGGUAAGAAAAAGUGCAAAAAAGUGCGCGCCCCGCUAGGCCAGGGACGGACAAGCACUCCGCUGCCACAUGAAAAGGAGGAGAUCACGUCUGAAAGUGUGGAUGGUCUCGGCGUUGCGAAUGGAGACGGGGAGUGAGUUCCAGAAUGUGGGCGCAGCCACAGCGAAGGAUCGUUGAUAAGUGGAGGUGCGACAUGAAGGAAUGGCCAAGUCUAAUGGGAAAGCUCUAGAGGUAGCUCUGGGUCUAGAGCAGGAGGAAAGCUUGGAAGCCAGGUAAGACGGGGUAUCACUACGGAUGAUGGAAUAGAUGAAGCAUCCGAAUAGAUAAAAUUGUCUAUCGUCCGCCUGCAGCCAGCCAAGCUGGGUAUAAUAGGAGGAGACAUGAGAGAGAGAGAGAGAAAAGAGAGAGAGAGAGCGAAUGUGGACAAAUAGAAAAAAAGUAAAGUAGAAGAAGUUGAAAUAGAAAGAACAGCCAAAGAGGCAAAGGAGGGGAUAAGGAGAGGAAGAAGACCGAAAAUAGGAUAAUAAUUACUCUGACAGUCAUCUAUAUUGUGAGAAUCUUUUCCUCCCUCCUCUCCUGAUUUUGUUCUUUCUUCCAUUUUUUCUUCAAUUCGUCUAUUCUUCUCUCUAUCCUUUCCCUCUCAUCCCUCUAUUCUUCCUUCUUUUAUCUCAUAUUCUUCAGUUCUCCCAUUAAUACCGUCAUUCUAUUCUACAUCUUCUUUCAUUUUUCUUUAAAGUCUUCCAUCCAUUUUUUUAUCAUCUUUAUCAUCAUUAGCUUCUCCCUCUUCUAUCCCGGCGAUCUUGGAGAAAAGGUUAAGAAGAGAAUGCGUGGGGGGGAAGGAGACAGGUGAAGGGAAAAGAAGAGGGGUAAUGAUAGAAAAAAAGGUGUAAAUUGGAAAAAAAUAUGAAAAAGGAAAGAGAAAUUAGAAAAGAGAAGGAACGAAUGGUGGAAAGUUUUAAGGAGGAGAAGGGGACGUGGGAGGGAUUAGAGAAAUUUGUAUACAGGAGAUAAAAGGAAGGAAACUACAGAAGUGAAGGCAGAAAGGCGAGAAUAGGGGGGGGGGUAACGAUGGUAAGUUAGAGUUGAAAGAAGACAGGAAAGAAAUAAUGAGGAAGAAGAAAGGAUUGAAAGAGAGAAUAUCUGGAUAGAUGAUCUAACAUGGAAGGAAAGGCAGAGCAAGUAGAUGUUCAGAGAGAUAGUUAAAGCGGAGAAAAGAAAAAAAGUAAAAUGGAUAAAAAAGAAUAAAACUUCGUAAACGCCAAAAAUGAUGGUUUUGGAAUGAGGAAAAGAAAGUGAUAAGAAAUGUUUCGGGAAAGAAGGGAGUAGAAGAAGAGAAAAAGGAAUUAAAGGAAAUUUGAGAGAGACGUAAGGGGGAUGGAGAGGAAACAGGAGAAAAAGAAACAGGAGAAAAAGAAAAAGAAAAAAGGGAGGGCAGUGGGGAAAUGGGAAAAAGAAUAAGGGAGAAGAAACGGGACAGAGUUGAAAAAGGAAAGAGGGAGAGAAAAGAGUAGAGGGUAAAGAUGGAGAAAAGAGAAGAGUGAUCGGAGUAGGGUUCUGGAAUGUGGCGGGGAUAGGAAACAAAAAUGUGGAGUUUCGGAGAGAGGUCACGGAGUGAAAUAUAGUGGUAUGGAUGGAGACAUGAGUAGAGAGGAGGGCAGGGAAACGGGUGAAGGAGAGAUUACCAAGGGACUACAAGUAAAAGGUAGAGGGGAGACAGAGAGAAGGAAUGGCAGAAAUGGCAGAGAAGAGGAAUAAGAAAAGAAAAGCGAUGAGUGGGAUGUUAAUGGGGAUGAGGAAGAAGAUAAAGAUAAUAGGAGAAGGAGAGAGGGGGGGGGAAUAAUGGAAGAAAUGAUAGUAGGGAAAGUGUUUUGGUGUGAACGUAGAUUAAGUUAAUUCUAAUUGCAAUAAUCUUUAAGUCAUAUGUAAAAUGAAUUAGUUCUUGUAAUAUUUCACUUAGCUAUAAAUUCAAAUCUAUUCUUGUAAUUUUCUGUUCAAAUUGUCGCCAGAAAAAAGUCGACGGUCAAAAUCGUGGAAUUUGAUCAAUAUUUGUCUCGAAUCUUUGUACAUACUCUCUCGCCAUUAGUGCAUUCGGAGAGUACUCGCGUUGUGAUCAACAUCUCGUCGUCCACAAACAAGUCAAUCCACGAUCUAUCCCCGAUUUACUUGUGACAACUGUUCACAUUAGGUUCUCUCCCAGAGAAUUCAGAUAUAUCAUAAGUAGCAAGGAAAGAUGCAUCUCAGAACAGAAGGCGUUCCGCGGAGGAGAGACGCGCGGGGGGGAUCGGUCGCGGUACUUGCUGUAAGCAGUAGGCGGGGAAGACCGAGACGGAAGAGGGGAGGGGGGGGGCGUAUUCAAACGUAGGUUCGUUUCGGCUCACUGUGUAUGUGUGUGUGUGAUUGGAGGAGGGGUGGUGAGGCUGGUUCUUGGAUGCUGUUCUUUCUAAUGCAUUGUAGCGGUAGGAUAGGAGACGACUUUGGCUCUCCGCCGCCGCGCGGAAGAUGGUACGGCGUAGCGUGACGUGUUAUCUGCGGUUAACCGCAUCGACGCUCGCCGCACUUUGAUAAUUGCAAGGCGCAUCUUUAUUUCAAUGUUUACAUAGGGGAAUUCUAACUUAGAAUAAAUAGGAGAGUAUACCUUUUUAGGAGGGUAUACGAUGCAUCGUGACGCGUUAUCUGUGGUUACUCUUAUUGACGCUCGAUGCAUAUUAAUAAUUAUUAAUAAUGAUAGUGCACAUCUUUUGCAGGUUGGGGGAAAGGGGGGGUCACAAGCAGAAGGAGAGUAUAAGUUUUCAGAAGGUGUUACGAUGCUUCGUGAUGCGCUAUCUUUGGUUACCUUUUACCAACGCGCGUUGCAUAGUAAUAAUGAUAAUGCAUAGUAUUUGCGAUAGGUGGGGAAUUUCUAAAAGCAGAAGGAGACUAUAUUUUUCUGGGGGUGGUACGAUGUAUGUUGACGCGUAAUCUGCGGUUAAUUGGAUCUACACGUGGUGCAUACUAAUAUUGGUAACACAUCAUUGCAUCUUUUUCCGAUGUAUUAUUUCAUUACGUAAUUUUAUCGAGGUAGCUAUAUAAAUCAUGCCGGUAUGGGCGCUGCCUUUAUUUACGAUGGCGCGUCUACUAUUUGCAUUUGUCUAACGUCGAGUUGCGCAACAGAUAUUAUUGUUUGUAAACUCACUUUCCUUAUAUGGUUUCAAGGAUAAGAUAUCAUUACGUUGCCUGUGUCUUUGCAUACCGAUGCGCUGCGAUUUUUUGAUAAUGUUGAAAUCAUUGUCAUGCUGUGAUUUAUUUGUCUAGGUAACUUAUGUAAAACUGCUGUUUAGCAGAAAGACUUUAAUCGCGCACAGACAUGUAAAGCGUUAAAGUGUAUAACACGCUGUUGUAUAUAAAAAAUGGCGAGUUUAGAAAGUGACGUUCGACAAAUAUUGAACAGUGAGUUUGCGACCUCGUCUGAGUUGGAACAACUGCAGAGUAUUGCCGACAACGCUUUUACGUUUUCAAUACUACAGAUCCUGUAGGAUACGUGAGAUUUGAGACUGCCUAUGAAUCAAACUUUAAGGCGUUUGUUAGGAUUUAUUGCAUCUACUUGUCUAUACACAGCAAGAUUGACGAGAAUACGCUUUGUAUGCGCGAAUGUAAAAAAAUGAAGGAGCUAUUGUUGCAACUAAUUACUCAUGCAAAGAAUGAGAAUGUGAUGGGGUCACAUUUCAUCAUUUCUGAAUUAGACGAUUUUAUCGUAGAUCACAAAUUGUCCGAACUUUUCGACAAGCAUAUAGUAGGACCACCUUUGUUUUACGCUUGGGCAGAAGAGUUUAUGAAAUAUUGGAAAGAUCGCAAUGAUAUUCGCAACGAAGCGUUCUGUCGACAGUCUGGAAUAGCGAACUCGACCGCAGCUACGUCGGAUAUCGUAAAGUCACAUGAAAAGGUAGUGCUAAAAGGUGGCAAGGAUGACGCCGAUGACGAGAAUGACGACGACGAUGACGAGAUUGAUGAUAACGCUGAUAACGGUCGCGCAACGGUAUCAGAGAUUGAAGCAGCGUGCAACAAGGGGGCAUCUGGAGGUGUCGAUUUGUUAUUCAAUUUUAAUACAAAAAAUUCAGGUGUUGAGCAAUAUAUUGCUAAAGUAGAAGACGGUCUCUGUUACACCGCUCGUUUAUUAAGGGAAACUGGGGAACGAUUGAUUUGCAUAGACGUAUAUGAUGUUCAAGAUAUCACUGGUAAGAGCAGACGUCAUUGGUGGAAGAAAGCGCGAGUCAAAUCGCAAUUUCUCGCUCCCUCGCGAGAAGACAUGAACCUGCGCAUGGUCAAGAAAGUUCUCAAUGUAGCUCCUGACAACUUGAAAAAGAGUUCUUAUUACAAUAAACGUACGCAACGUUAAAUAGUAAAAGGUAAUAUUUUUAUUUUUUAUAAAUCGAUUGUUUCAAAACAUAGUCUGACUUUUUGUGCAAAAGCAAUAACGUUUGUACUUUUGCAGCGGGUAGGCAUUCAAGCAUACAGUCGGAGACUCUAUGGAGAUAAAAUGUUUAUAGUUUUAAUUGUUGUAAAAGCGAUGUAGCGAAAGUGGCUACACACAUUGAUACGCGUGUUUCAUUAAUUAUAAUUAUAUGCAACGUUAAACGUUUAGAAGCUGUAAAUUUUUUAUUUGACAGAGUAUAAUCAGUAGUAAUGUAGUACAGAGUAUACAUCGUUAUCGAAAUAGCGGAUGAUGCGGUAAGCCGAUUAACGGUUUGCUAUUCUUAUACUUUUGCGAUAUAUUGCAGUGUUCUAUAUAACAUCAUUUAAUAUUCCUACAUUGUGUUUAACAGCUUGCUCGUGAGAAGUGAAUUAUAUUCAGCAUAGUAGGAAAAUACAAUAGGUGUAUUGUAGAAAAAUAUUAUGUAACAAAAUAUUUUUUUUAUUUAGCGCCGCCUAAAAAGAUACAGAAAUGUAUGGGAGUCGACAGUGAUCAGUGUACGUAGACAAUUAGAACGGAUCAACAACGAUGCCAUUUGGAUGGAAACAGACUGGAGUAACAGUUUUGCCGCUCUCUUCAAAAUACUAACAACUGCUGAGGUGUAUUUAGAAGAACGUCUGGCAAUAGAGGAAGAAAGGAAGAGGAAUGGUGAUUAUACAAUGGAAUGCGAGGACGAUUGCGAUUGUCCUUACAAAUACGACUAUUUUGAUAAACAAAAUGUAAAGCGGAUAAAAUUGUGUUUUUGUUACUCAUGCGUGUGUACGUGUGAACGCUGUAGAAUGUACAUGUGAGCAAUGUAGCGGAUAAUGCGUGUGAGUGUGAUGUCGUAGCAGCGAUGUAGCGGGUAAUGCGUGUGCGUGUAAUGUGGCAUUGUAGAGAGACAUAUACGUGUGAGCGAUGUGACGGUAAUGAUGCGUGUGAUAUCGUGGCAUUAUAGAAAGAUGUAUUUUUUUCGUUUAUUAUAUAUCGGCUACAAAAAGUUUAUUAAAGUUUACAAGUUGCUUAUAUCUUUAUUAUUUUAUAAUACAAUGAUUUAUAGUA